AUGCCACAAAAAGCUAAGCCUAUGCCACAAAUAGCUAAGCCUAUGACACAAAUAGCUAAGCCUAUGCCACAAAUAGCUAAGCCUAUGCCACAAAUAGCUAAGCCUAUGCCACAAAAAGCUAAGCCCAUGCCACAAAUAGCUAAGCCUAUGCCACAAAUAGCUAAGCCUAUGCCACAAAUAGCUAAGCCUAUGCCACAAAUAGCUAAGCCUAUGCCACAAAUAGCUAUGCCACAAAAAGCUAAGCCUAUGCCACAAAAAGCUAAGCCUAUGCCACAAAUAGCUAAGCCUAUGCCACAAAAAGCUAAGCCUAUGCCACAAAAAGCUAAGCCUAUGCCACAAAAAGCUAAGCCUAUGCCACAAAUAGCUAAGCCUAUGCCACAAAAAGCUAAGCCUAUGCCACAAAAAGCUAAGCCUAUGCCACAAAUAGCUAUGCCACAAAAAGCUAAGCCUAUGCCACAAAAAGCUAAGCCUAUGCCACAAAAAGCUAAGCCUAUGCCACAAAUAGCUAAGCCUAUGCCACAAAAAGCUAAGCCUAUGCCACAAAAAGCUAAGCCCAUGCCA